UUAUUUCUGCAGGAUAGUGUUGGGGCUCUAACACGUGCUUUGUAGUUUUCAAUAUUUUGAUCGGUUUUUAUUGCUAAAAUCUGUUAAACAUUUUAAUUUUAUUGAAUAAGAGAAUCUGAUAGUGCGGACUUUGAAUCAAGUCAGGAAGAUGGGUAAAAUUAAAACUGAAAAACCGGACACUGAAAUGGACAUCUCCAUUGUGAAGGAGGAAGAUACUUAUGAUGAUAAACUGCGAAAUGCAAAUGCCAUUUCUCAGCCGAUGGCUUCCAAGAAGCUCACAAAAAAAAUUCAUAAACUGAUUGAAAAGGCAUCCAAACACAAAACUUAUCUUCGUAAUGGAUUGAAAGACGUUCAAGUGCGCCUUCGAAAAGGUGAAAGCGGUUUAGUUAUUUUUGCCGGAGAUGUAACGCCAGUGGAAAUUAUGUGUCACCUGCCGGCUGUAUGCGAAGAACGUAACAUUCCGUAUUGCUAUACACCGAGUAGGAAAGACUUGGGAGCGGCAAUGGGCGUGAAACGGGGAACCGUAGCUAUGUUGGUCCGAGAACAUCCCGAAUAUCAAGAAUUAUACGAUAAGCUGAAGGUUGAACUCACGGCACUACCGAUUCCGGUGUAAUCUUUAUCGACCCAAGCGGUAAGAUUUUGAAACAUUUUCUUUUUAGAGUAAACAUAUUUUUCAUUAAUCGUAAUACACAUGUCGGGCUUUUGUCAAGACAUGUUUUGAAAUAGAAUUACUAUUCGUUUUAGUAGAGUGAAAUCAAUAUAAGCACUAAAUUGUAUAUGAGGU